AAAAAUAUGGAAAUAUGGCACAACGUUAUACAGCUAUAAUAAUAGCUAUUUGUAUAGGAAUGAUAACAGUUGUAGGAACAGGAACAACGCUCUUAACAAUUCUUGCACAUAUUUGCGGAAUGUUUACAAUCGUCAGUUACCGUAUUGAGCAAGCAAUGACAAUUAAUAAUUUACAAAAUAAAUCAAAGAAUGAAAAUGUUAUUUGUAAAGGAAUAAUUUAUGCUGUAGACAUUCAUUGCAAAGCUAUAGAGUUCUCCAGAUAUUUAACAUCUAGCAUUCAGGGAUCAUACUUUCUUUUAAUUGGAAUUGGUGUGCUGUCAUUAAGUCUCAAUCUUUUUGAAAUGUAUCAAAUUCUAUCAGGUGAUGGAGAUAAAGAAGCAUUUUUCAUACAUUUUCUAUUUAUAUUCAUAAUUCUUUUAUACAUGUUUGUAACUAGCUACGUCGGACAGGAAAUUAUAGAUCACAAUAAUGACAUUUAUUAUACCGCAUAUAAUGUUUGUUGGUAUGUAGCACCAUUACAUAUACAGAAGCUGAUAUUAUUUCUGUUACAAAGAGGCAGCAAAGUUGUCAAUUUGAAUGUGGGCGGACUGAUCGCAGCAUCUUUAAACUGCUUUGCUUCCUUAGCAAGUGCAUCGGUAUCUUAUUUCACUUUCAUAUAUUCCACUCAUGAAUAA